AUGUCCACUUCGGCGCUUCUCUCGCCUGAAAAAGUGGCUCUGCUUAGGAUUCUGACCAUUGGCGAUCUUCGCUUCAAACCAUUCUCUUGUCGCCAUUUCAACCCAACCACCACCUACACCAUGCAUCGAUGUCUUCGUCUUACCGAGAUUUUGACGCUCAUAUUUUCUUUCAAAUAUGCCACAUCAUACUCAGAACUUGAGCCCCCUGUGUUCCAAGAAAUCAAAGAAAGAGACGAUGCUCUUCAUAAAAGGACCCUUGCAUCAUUGGCUAGAACGUGUAAGCUAUUCUCUGGUCCUGCGUUGGAUGCUUUGUGGGGCGAGUUGGAUGACUUUGCACCACUUGUGAGAUGUAUGUCCUCUAACUUAUGGUAUGUUGACGGGGAAAAGAUGACAUUAAGACGGCCUGUCGAGGCCUCAGACUGGCUGAUAUUGAGGAAGUACGCUACGCGUGUGCGUGUCGUCGUUCUGUCCGUCCAUCUUUCUGCACGGUUUAAUAAUGAGCUUCUCGGCGUGUUUUCUACCCUGUGUCCCUAUCCACUCCUACCAGCCCUCAAAGAGCUUCACUGCAUUGCGGACCAGAACUGGAACAUAGCUCUCCCUUUCCUUCGCUCUCUUGUCAACCCCGGGAUCACUAGCCUUUCCCUACCGUUCCCUAUUCUCGAUGGGGUCUUUGGUAUAUCCGUCUUAGCAUCCCUCAGCGAAAUGUGCCCACUUGUGCAACGUUUUCAUAUGGUUGAUUCAGAUAAUAUGACUCUUAUGGAGUCCUUGAUCACGUUCCCGCAAUUGCGUAGAUUCGUAUGGAGCUCCAGAGCUUGUUCUACUAUGACAAAUCUGGCUUGUUCCUGGAAGCAUCUUCAGAGCAUAGAGUUUUGCAUGCUGGAUGAGCAGGCAAUAUUGCGGCUCGCCGAUCUACCAUCGCUGAAGGAGAUCGGUCUGGCGAUCAUGUCUCCCAUCUCUCACAGUAAUAAGCUCAGUGUACCCCAUCCAGUCUUUCGCAGCCUUACGGCACUUCACAUCACAGCAUACGAUUUGAGUGGCCCAAUAAGCUUGUUGGAGAUGGUUCGUUCUCCACUCGAGGAGAUCUCCGUCCUCCUCCCUCGGAUACCCUCCCCAGACGCGCUGCACAGCUUCUACACCACGCUCUCGCAGCAUGCUUCACCUGAUCACCUCAAAUCUGUGGUUGUAUCUGUCAUCGAUAGACGGGAGAACUUUGAGCUCGCCAACGCAAGCGCCGUCAAUCCACAGAUGUCCGGCAUCUCAUACGCCACUAUUGACAUUGAGAUGGUGAGAGACCUGCUCCAUUUCCGACGAAUUGAGCGCUUUACGGUGGGCGGAGAUUUCGAUAAUUUCUUGUGGAAUGAUGAUACCCUGCAGGAACUCGCCUUGGCAUGGCCGAAUUUGCAUAUUCUGCAGUUGGGAGACGGUACAGGCCCGCCAUGGACGACUCCAUCUCGGGUCUCGCUCAGAGGUUUAACGACAUUGCUGAAGCUCUGCCCCCAACUGGAACACUUGACAAUAGUCAUUGAUGCAGGUGUGGUUCCGUCUGUCCAAGAACUGGGAGAGGACGUGGUCUGUAACAAACUUAUCGAAAGUUUGACGUUGCUGAACUCCAAUGUCGGCGACUCCUCUGCUGUCGCUACCUUCCUCUACGCCAUCCUACCCCGUCUCGUCCACAUCCGGCCGCAUAGUCACCUCAAGUCCUUGCGAUGGAUAGAGGUGUCGGACUACCUCCUGGGCUAUGCUCUGGAGAGAGAGACGCGGUCCGGAAAACUGGAGAGCAUGCAAAGAUUGUCGGAAUUGCAGCGUAUCGUGUACCGCCAGACGGAGUUCGAGCGAACCCUCGACCCCUCCAUCGUUGAGAACCGAAGUAACUGGUUGUUCAGCAUUCAGUGA